AUGGGCUCAACCAAAGGAGAUGGCAACGAUGUCGUCCACGACGGCAUCCAGUUGGAAAGAAACGCAGGUCUUUUCAUGGCAACCAAUACUUCCACCAUUGCAUUCAAGGGGAAUGCGGAGCUUCUAUAUCUUCCAAAGCCUCACUUUUUCAAGCCAUUUUUGAAACAGCCAGUCCGGGCCUCAGCAGCGGUUAAUAGGGGGCACUGGCUCAGAAUGCGAGCAAUCGGCUGGGUAGUCCGUCAGUUCCUCGAGAAGCCAUCCGCUCAGCCGAAAGUCAUCAUCAAUCUCGGUUGUGGAUAUGACCCUUUACCAUUCCAGUGGUUGUCUCGCGAGACUCGUCUCUGCGCAAAUACAAAAUUUGUCGAUGUCGAUUACGAACCGCUACUGCAGACCAAAUGCGAGAUUAUUCUGAACAGCUAUGACAUGAGCGACAUGUUACACUCCGUGGAGACCAACCCAACUGAAAAAAGUCCGAUCUUGCUUGACAGCGAGGAGUAUGCCGCCAUUGGCUGCGAUUUACGAAACCUUCGAAGGUUGGAUAGGCUGCUCAAGGCUGUGGUCGUCCCGGAACAGAGCAUCGUUCUCUGUAUUGCCGAGGACUCACUGGCAUACAUGGCGACGGACGCAGCCAACGCAUUGAUAUCCUGGAGCUCAAAGUUGUCAUCAGAUGUCACCUUCUGCCUUCUGGAUCCUUUCUCUCCGGAUCAGCCAGACAAUCCCUUUACAGCAAAGAUGGCGAACCACUACGCCAAGCAAGGGACGCCGUUGAAUUCUAUGUUUCAGUAUUAUGGGCAGUAUACACAAACUCAACGCUUCCGGUUGGCGGGAUUCACCCAAAUUGAGUUCCAAAAUCUGUGGCAGCUUUGGGCGGAUUCGCGUUUCCUUUCACCCUCCCAACGGAUGGCACUUGAUCAUGUAGAGCCCUUUGAUGCAUGGGAGGAGUUUGCACUUUGGGCGAGCCAUUAUUGUUUGGUUGUGGCGCAUAACCGUGGCGAUCCUGUUCUACCCGAGCGAGUGCUAUCUCGACGCAGUUCGGAUGCGAGUGAUGCCUCGGACAUUUCUGCACGAACAUCUUCACCAACCCAUCCCGACUCCCAACUAUUUGCAUUUCGCUACUAUAAAGAUCCUGGCUGCCUAUGUCAGCGUCACCAUGGCUCAUCAUACCCCAUUCCUGACCAGGACGCCAUUGCCAUCUACGGAGGCCAAGGCCCCGAUUCAAUUCUUUCUACAAGUGCCGUUUGCAGGCCACGACAUCUUGACGACGAGACGCCAGUUGUUUUGCCGCCCGACGUCGGCCCUCGUUGUUGUCACGUUUUAACAUCCAUGAACGACGGGGGCAACAUUCUCGUCGGUGGCCGCCGUUCUCCAACCCAACCCUUGAAGGAUUGUUGGUUACAAAAGGGGACCACAUGGUAUCGUAUCCACGAUUUGCCGGAACCACGUUACAGAUGCAGAGUUGUGGCCGUUACUUUGCCGAACAAUGUCUUUGGUGCCAUCUGCUUCGGCGGAAAGACAGGGCCUGCCACUGUCGCCACGGACAUUCUGCUCUGGGAACCAAACACUGGCUGGCGUGUGCUGCAAGCUCUGCGAAACACUCCAAUACCCCGAUUCGGACCCAAUUUCAUACGUCUCGGAUUCAAUCACGGCCUGCUCUUUGGCGGGCUGAGACAGGACGGAGUCAUCUGCCCGGAUCUUUGGCGUUGGCGACUAGUUAUCCGCGACAAUGUCGUCGCUGGCAUCUCUUUUCGUCCUUCGCACGCUUUGGAUGCAAGUAUCGGGGCAUAUCCAUGGGUUGCGCGAUUCGGUGCAUCCUAUGGCUUUGUCCAGGAUUACCUCUUGAUCAUUGGAGGAGUGGCAUCAGGAGGCUGUAUACCAAAAACAUACGAAAUACUAUCACUGGUGGGCAGCUUUUCGAAUUUGGGAGAUGGGAAGGAGUUGAGCCUGAGGGUAACCUCGGUAGCACCAGCACGAUCUCCGGACUGUCCUCGACCUUUUCUGAUAGGGCAUUCAACCCUUCGGACUCGGACCGGUAUGUAUGUUAUCCUUGGAGGAGGGGCAACCUGUUUCAACUAUGGCGACUGUUUCAACUCUGGCAUCUGGGUUCUUCAUGAGAAGGAGGCCGGUCUCACAGCGGAUUGGGUCAUCGUCCCAACCCGUCCUUCUAGCCUCGUCACAACGAACGCCGACUGUUGCAGGCAUGGAACAGCAGUACAGCCUGUGGACAUUCCAGUGGAACGAAUCCAGCUGAAGGAUGGCCUCAACUUUGUUUCGAUUGUGCGUCAAGCACAGCCCAGCCUGAUGACGGGACUGGACUUCGGACCCUGCGCACGACUCUGGUCGCUUGGGUAUCUGAUGGCUAAGGCUGGGCUCAAUAAUAACAAGGCUCGUGCUUCUGACGGAGCAUACCAAAGAAGCUCAAAUUCUCAGAUCCAUGGAGAAGCGUGUGUGUCUCGCCAUCAGAUGCUGUGCCUUGCCAAUGGGUGUGAAGGAUGUCCCCCUACGUCGAAACUAUUGUUGCAGGGCCUGAGCCUCAAUCGAUUGCCAAGGUUGGCUUCUGACUUCCAAAUACCCCAGCGACUGAACAGCAUGAUGCCUCAUUUAGAAUCCAUUCGUCUGGAUCUGUCAAAAGGUACGACGGCACUCAGGUAUGACGUGACGGGUACCGUUGUCUUCCAAGUCAAAGGUCUCAGAAAGGUUGUCCUCUUUCCCCCGGCCGAUCUGAACCGGCUCGAAAUCUUGCCUGGCUCGGCUACAAGUAAGCUCCGUGUCUUCGAAGAAACAACAAGUGCAAAGACGUUGCAGGCCCCAUCUGGUACCCGUCCACAUGUUUCCCUUAUUGGACCAGGAGACACUCUCUUCAUUCCUCCAUUUUGGACCUACUCAACUACCUCGGCUCAAAAUACCGAAUAUGCGGAGUGUCUUACCAAUGUUUCUCAGCAGUUGCAAUAUCAACCUGCAAGGCCAACGUUAUCAACAGGCGCGAUGUCUGCCAAUUCGUCCUCUUCCGGGUACACGAGCGAGACAGCAUCAGAAUGCGCACCUCCUCUCAGCUCAAUCAGUCCGCAACGGACUCGAGUACACAGUGUGGACAUCGCAGUCAGAGUUUCGUUCCGAACAAUGACAGCAGAUCAGUACACCAAGACUGCCGAUGGCGUUGGUGUAUCUGGACUCGCGGUUUAUGACGCUGGACACAAAGAUGUGGAUAGCAUCAUUAGAAGAUUUCUUGGUGAUGCUCAGCGUGCUCAACCCACAUACCAAGAGAAGUCCACUAGACUCCUCAAGGGACAAGCCGAUCCCGAUUGUCCCUUCUCGACGGAUCAUGUCCCAGCUGAAGUGACAAAAGCAUUUCUGGAGAGACUGGGAAGAGAGCUAUUGUCCAAGGCGGCAGACCUAUAG